UCACCACUCGCUCCGAUCGCUCCACAGAGCAUCAUGCUUCACAGGAGGAGCCGCACGCUGGGGGGGAGCUCCGACCGAGCGGCACGCCGGGCUGUCGCGGCGAUGAAGGGCGGGAGGGGCAGCAAUGGCGCCGCCACCGACCUGCUCGUCUUCUUCCCAUCGCGGGCGCACCUCGCCCUCAUGCCCCCCAAGGCCAUCUGCAGCCCGUCGCGGCCGUCCGCGUCGGAGCCGGCCAAGCGCCGGCACAGCACCAGCCGGGCGGGGCCGGCGCCGCCCAGCGGGCUCUACAAGUCGGCCACGGCCAGGAACCCGAGCCGCCGCGCCGCCGCGGAUGCCCCCGUGGACGAGGAGCCGUCGUCGCCCAAGGUGACGUGCGUGGGGCAGAUCAAGGCCCGCCCGGCCAAGCCCAAAGGCCUCGGCGACGGUGGGAAGAAGACCAAGAAGGCCACGUGGCUGCAGGCGCUGGGGAUCAAGAAGGAAGCCAUGGCGCUCUUGGACGCCCUGCACGGCGCCUUCCGGUUCAACGUCGCCGGCUGCUUCGGCAGCUUCCCCGGCGCCGUGGGCGUCGGGUACACAUCCGGGGAGGAUGACGACGAGGAGGAAGGUGAGGAGCGCGCCGAGAACGAAACAGAGCACGGCGCGGCAUUGGCCAGGUGGUUCAUGGUGUUGGAGGAAGGCAACAAGGUGCCCGCCAAGAAAUUUCAGGGACAGGAGCCGCAGCAGAACCAGGAGGAGGGCAAGGAGGAAGACGCGGCACCACCGGCGAACGCGCUGAUGCUAAUGCGGUGCCGGUCGGCGCCGGCAAAGGGGUUAGCGAGGAGGCUAGAAGCAGAGGACUCUGAGGAUGUGAAGAUCGCCAAGAAGACUCCAGAGGAAGAGAAGGAGAAGGAGAGCCUGGUGCUCAUGACCUACUCACCGGACUUCUUCAAGGUCUCCCUUGACAUAGCCAAGGAGACGUGGAUCGUCGGCAGUGACGACGCGGUCUUGCGCUGCCGGAGCUGGAAGAGAUGAUCACAAGGAUUGUUCAACAAGGAAUGUACGUGCUUUUUUGUUUACCUUCUACUCCUUGCUUGCUUUCUCUCUCUCUCUCUCCCCCCUCUUCUUUCCUCUUGAGAAUUACUACUCUUUGCAUAAGGCUCGUGUGAAGGGUUUGAUCAGCAUACAGCAGAAUUGGUUUCGCCAGGGGCCAUCAUAUUGGACUCUCUGCAAAACAUUCUUGCUCUGUAAAUAGUGCUGUAACGUCCCUUGUUAAAUGUUACCCAGGUAUACUUUACUGGUGAUAUGUGAGAUUGAUAGUAAUAUAUAUGAUGAGCUUCACAGCUCCUUUCGUGCUA